AAUCCCGUGCCGUGCUGUCCCACGGCGGCGGCGGCGGCGGCGGCAUCGCCAGCCGUCAAACCUUUUGUCCUUUUACAUCGGGCCUCCUCCGGCCACUGUGAACCCCGGCGGGCACGUCGAUCGUCUAGAUCGCAGGAUGCCUCUCUCCCCUCGCCGCUGAACCUUCGCCGGCUCCAUGAACUCCCCCGGCGGCGCCGGCGACGGCGCCGGCGCCCUCCCGGACUCGAUCCGCUCAGCCGGGGAGGACGAGGACGAGGAGGAGGAGGAGGAGGUGGGGGGCGAGGCGGACGGAGACGCCGCGGGCGGCGCCCGGCGACGAGCGGCGUCCCGCGACCCUCCCGGCGACGGCGCCGACGCCGUCGCCGGCGGCGGAGGCGGCAGCCGCCUCAAGCGCCUUCUGGUGCGUGCCAACCCGGUGGCCGCCAUCUCGAACCUGCUGGAGAGCCGGCGCGCCCGCGCCGCGCUCGGGAAGAGCCGCACCCUCGACGGGGGACUCGACGGCGCCGGCGAGGGGGCGAGCGACGGCGCGUCGCUGCACAGCGGCGCCGGCACCCUGGAGGGCCGCGGCGGAGGGCGCCGCAAGAAGAGCCGGCUGGUGGCCUCGCUGAGCUUCGCCGGGAGCCCUCGGCAGGCCGACGCGGCGCCGGCGCCCGGCACGGCCGACGCGGCCGGGGAAGAGACGGCGCCGGCGGGGAAGAGCAAGGCCAAGAGCUUCCGCCGGCUCUUCGGCCUGCGCCGGAGUAAGAAGGGGAAGGAGGGCGGCGGUCGGUGCGGCGGCGACGACGGCGCCGGCGAUGACGGCGGCGGUGCCGUCGCCGACCUCGAUCGGAGGCCGACAACUCCGGCGCGAGCACGGCGGCAACCGGCGCCGCCGUCCGCUACCGCGACGACGACGACGACGAUCGUCAUUUCGGUGACGACGCCGGCGUCGAGGGCCGUGGCGCCGGCAACGCCGUCGCCGGCGCCGCCGUCGGCGCCGGGGGCGGAGGGGGAGACGCGGGAGGGGUCGGAGCUGUCGUCGGACGGGCUGAGCGCGCUGUUCGGCGACGUGGCGUCCCUCAAGAGCUUCGACUCGCUCACCGGCUGCGGCGAGGGCUUUGCCGACGACGACGACGUGGAGGUGCCGCUGGCCCUUGCCGCGCCCGGCGACGGCGCCGGCGGCGGCGGCGCCGGCGGCGCCGUGUCGUCGUACCAGGGCGGCGGGGAGGGCAUGGCAGCGCCGCCCAUCCUCGCCGAGCCGUGGGACGACGACGACGACGACGACGAGGUGCCCGCGGCGGCGGCGGCGGCGGCCGGCGUCGCCCCGGCGUUCGCGGCGCCGGGCGGCGCGGAAGCCGGCGCCGCCGCGGCGGCGCCGGCUUCCGCGGAGCCGGCGGUCGAGCGUUUGGCGGAGCCGCUGAGCCCGCAGAGCGAGCUGCACUCGCAGCAGACGAGCGACGAGGGCUACUGCGAGCUCGCCACGCCCGGCCCGGACGACGAUAGCUGCGCCACGGACUGCGGGCGCGGUUCCUCCUCCUCCUCGUCGUUCCCCGCGGCCGCCGCCGCCGCCGCCGCCGGUGCCGUCGGCCGCGCGGGGGGCGGCGGCGGCGGGAAGCAGCGGCAGGGAGGCGGCGGCGGCUUCCCACGAGACACGUACAGCGGGGACGCUCUCUACGAGCUGCUGAGCGACCAGGAGGAGGAGGAGGAGGAGAGCUGCGGCCUCACCACCCCCUUCUCCGACGACGAGCCGCCCCAACAACAACAACAACAGCCGCAGCCGCGGCCGCACCUGCAGGCGCCGGCCGGCGCCGCGGUGACCGCCGCCACCGCCGUGUCGGCGAAGCAGCAAGGACGCAGAGACGAGUGGCUCGGCGCCGAGGAGGUGGCGGCGCCGGUGCCGGCGGUGCCGCGUCCGUGCCGGGCCGGGGACGCGGUCGUGGUUGCGCCGAGGCGGAGGGCGGGGGCCGGCAGCGAUGGUGGCGGUGGCGGUGGGGGAGGCGGUGGAGGUGGAGGGGUUGGGGGGCUGGCCCCCCCGCGGCAGGGGGAGCGCGACCGCAAGGCCGUGUCGGAGGUGUGGGACGAGGUGAGCGACCUCCUCUGCCCGGCGUGUCGCCGCGUGCUCGCCGCCACGGGCGACUGCUCGCGCUGCUGCUCCGACUGCCUCCUGCUGGUGCGCAACGUCUACGGGCCGGCCAGCUUCUCCUCGCGCCAGCCACAACAACAACCGCAGCAACAACAACAGCAACAACAGCCACAACAACAACAACAGCAACAACACCACCACCACCAACACCAACAGCAGCAGCAGCAGCAGAUUCCGUACGGCAGCAGCGGUGGCGGCGCCGUGGCGGUGCCGGCGUCCAGAGACGGCGCCGCGGCGGUGACGGCGGCGGCGGCGCCGACCGUCGCCGCCGCCGCCGCCGCCUCGUCGUCAUCGUCGCCUUCCUCUCCCGCCCUCCCCCCCCGCCCCUCCUUCCUCCCGCUGUGGCCCGGCGGGGCGCGGGCCCUGGCCGGGUCGACGCCGUCGCUCGCCAGGGCGGCCUCGCCGGCGAGGAGUCGCGCCGCCGCCGGCGACGCCGCCGGCGCCGGCGACACCGCCGCCGGCAACGCCGGCGACGACGGUCGGGUGACGGCGGCGUCCAAGUUGAGGCCUAAGGGCAAGGCGCUGCAGUGGGGCCUGCUGAGCCAGGGCUCGGUGUUGAGCCUGUGAAGGGGGGGCGCGGUUCCCGCGGCGCCGGCGCCCCGCCGAGCCUGGGAAGGCCGAGCGGGGGCGGUCCGCCCCCACCCCCCUCGCCGUGUGUCCGUCUCUCCGCGUAGAAACUCCACGGGCGUAGAGAGCGAGCGAGCGGUGUUUUUGUAACGCGCGCACCACCGCCUCCGUGGCCCGCGCGGCCGGCGGCGGCGGGCGCCAGCAGAGCCGCGCUCGUCGGCAGCUUUGAGGCUCGCUCGAUCGACCUUGCCGGUGAACUGCCCGCAGUGUGUGUGUGUGUGUGGUGUGUGUGUGUGGUGUGUGGUGUGUGGU